UAAUUUUUUAUAAAGGCUGUAAGCAGUGUCACCAGUCUGCCCUACUUUUGACGGUUCCAUAAAAUCAGUACUUUAAUGAAAAAUGCAUUGAAAAUCGCUUUCAGCAACAUAUUUUUACUACUCUUUUUUUGUGCCAAUUUUUUUAAACCUGUUUCUCAUUUUCUCCUUGUUCAGAAGAUCUUUCACGUUGUCACAACUCACUAUUGAAUAGAAGAUUUUUAUGAAAAUCUUUGGGCAGAGUGUCCUCAUUACACCGGACCUCGGCUCAUAUACCGUACGACCAUAUAUACAUGAGUAUCACCUUUGAAAACCUAGUGCAACGCGGUGUUUAAGGCCAUCUGAAAACAAACCAAAAGGAAACACUGAGGCAGCGGAGAGCGAUCCCUCACUCGGGCUUCCACCUGCACCGGCACCGUUACUCACCUUUCCAUGCUGCCCGCGAUUUACUGCAGGCACAUUAAGGUACCGUGACACCUGUACAGUGCUUUCCCCUGUAUUUUUAUAUUCUGAUUAUGUAACUGUGCUGCUUGCAUAACCGCACCGCCGAUAAACGCGGGAUUUGCCUGCGGAUCAGCGCAGCGCAGGGCUGCCCGCCCGUGACCGCGGCCCCCGCCCCGCCGGGAGCGCCGAGCUGCGGAGGGGGCAGCCCCCGCUCGCAAGGGCGGCCCGGCCGGCAGCGCUCGGCCCGGGAAAACGCCUGCCUUCCCGGCACGGGAUAAUAUCACCACAGAAACCAUGUCUCCGGCGGCCCCACCGAAGCACACGCGCCAGACGUGCCCCCAGGUGCCAGAUGUCCCCUGCCGGGGCCACUUCCCAGGCCUGUCCCGCCGGCGGGGCAUCUCCCGACCCCGCGGGCUCGCCCCGCCUCCCUCGGGGCUUCUGCCCCCCGCCGCGCCGCCCCCCCGCUUUGUGCUCGGUGCGCCGAGGCGCCCCCGUGGGAGGGCUCCGUCCCGCGGGUGCCGGUGCCCGCUGCCCCGGGCGCGCUGCCGGCGCGGAGGGGCCCCGAGGGCCGCACGCCGCCUUGCGCGGAGGCUCGGCCGGGGCGGCCGCGGGGCUCCCCCGGGCCCGGCCCCCCCGCGCUGCGGCCGCAUCAAUCAUUAACGUGGGCUCCGGUGUCCGGCGCCUCCCUCCGCGGGAAACCCUACCCGGGGCGGCGGGGGCGCCUCUCCCCGCUGCCGGGGAGCGCUGGAUGCGCCGCCGGUUUCCAGUUACCGCGAUGCCGGGCGGCGGGGCGGGAGGAGCCGCGGCGGUGCCGCCACUGCCCCUGCUGCAAUGAGUGAUGCUGCCGGGGGCGGCGGCGGCGGCGAGGCGCAGAGCCACCGCGGCUCCUCCGCCGGCGGCUGCGGGAGCAGCGGCUCUGCCUCGCCCGGGCGGCGGCGGCGGCGGGGCGCGGCGGCGGGCGGCGGGCCGGGGGCGGCCGGGGGGCCCGGGGCCGGCGGGGCCAGCAGCAUGCCGGCCGGCGAGGGGGACAAGGAGGAGGCGGCGCCGCCUCCUCGCCCUGCCGCCCUGCUGCGGUGGGACGAGGUGCCCGAGGACUUCGUGGAGUGCUUCAUCCUCUCGGGCUACCGGCGGCUGCACUGCUCGGCACAGGAGUGCCUGGCCUCGGUGCUGCAGCCCACCAACGAGACCCUCAACUUCUGGACCCACUUCAUCCCGCUGCUGCUCUUCCUCAGCCGCUUCGGGCAACUGCUGCUGCUGCGGGGCGCCGGGGACGUGCCCUUCCACCACCCGGCCCUGCUGCCCCUCUGGUGCUACGCCUCGGGGGUGCUGCUCACCUUCGCUAUGAGCUGCACGGCCCACCUCUUCAGCUGCCUCUCCCCGCGCCUCCGUGCCGCCUUCUUCUACCUGGACUAUGCCUCCAUCAGCUACUACGGCUUCGCCAGCACCGUGGCCUACUCCUACUACCUGCUGCCAGGGCUGAGCCUGCUGGAUGCUGGUGCCAUGAGCCGCUAUGUGCAGCAGCGGCUGGGCUGGCAGCUGGACUGCAGCCUGCCCAUCGCGGCCUACCGUGCCCUGGUGCUGCCGGUGGCCCUGGCGCUGGCCGUGGGCUGCACGGCCGCCUGCUGCCGCAGCCGUGCCGCCUGCUGCGCCUACCCCUUUGCCGUGCGCACCUUCGUCUUUGCUAUGCCGCUGAGCAUGGCCUGCCCCAUCAUGCUGGAGAGCCUUCUCUUUGACCUCCGCACCCGCAACCCCACGCUCUUCGUCUACUUCUACCGGCGCUACUUCUGGCUGCUGGUGGCUGCCUUCUUCAACGUCAGCAAAAUCCCCGAGCGGAUCCAGCCGGGGCUCUUCGACAUCGUGGGGCACAGCCACCAGCUCUUCCAUAUCUUCACCUUCCUCAGCAUCUACGACCAGGUGCAUUACGUGGAGGAUGGGCUGGCCGAGUUCCUCAAGGCACCCCUGGCCGCCCCCACCUACCUGGGCACUGUGGGGUAUAUGCUGCUCCUGACGCUGUGCCUGGCCGUGGUCGUCAGGAGGUUCCUCAAGGUCGCAGACCUCUGCAAGCAGGACUAGCCGGGCUGGCGACCCUCAAGAUGGCAACUGCUGUACCGGCAACCCUUCGGCUGGAGAGCCUUGGCCCAGCAACCUUCAGACUGGCGACCCUCAGAUCGGCCCCACCGUGUCCUGAAGAUGCUGUGAAACCUGGGAGAAACGCACCUAUGGAAGAGCCAGGUCCCUUUCGCGGGUGGUUGCCAGAGAAAAUGACCAUGGCGGAACUGCUCAUGCUCUUUAAACUACUAGGUUACCAGGGGAAGCAAGCAAACGCUUACUGGUAUGUUGCUGCUUAGAGUAUAAGCUGAAAUAAUUUAGCUCUGCGACUAGGAAGAAUGCAUGAACUGUGAAUGCCACUUACUAAUUUUGUAACAAUUAGGUUUAAACUAGCUGUGUAUAUACAUACAUAUAUUUAUAUAUCUAGCUAUAUAUUUGUUAGCUACAUAUAUAUGUGUGUAUAUAUAUAUACACCUGAAGACACUUGUGCAAUGAUUACUCAUAGACUUUUAAUCAACUCCUAUGUGAAAUUUCCUAGCAGAUUAUGCACUGACAUUUAUCUCCUCUGUGAUACUGUAACAGGCCUUUGCAGCCACAUACUGGAUUUUAAAUACAAACAAAUCAAUAGCUAUCUAUAGUUUCUAAGGUCUUGCAGCCUUUUCAGCCAGGGAACAAUAGAUUUAACAGAGAGGAAAACCAGCUGUGAAUUAUUACAGAAUUACUAGUUGAAGGAGAGGCUUUAAUUAGACAGACAGUGAGAGGCUGGUGUAGCCAUUCGGAUACUGAAAUAAAAUAGAGGGAUAUGUAAAAUAGCUGAACCAGAAAGGGGUCAAACUAGUUUGGAGUGGGGGGAGAAGAAGGGCACUGCAUAAUGGCGUGGCUCUUCCCCCAGCACGUCAGGAACAUCUGUUGUGUUAAGGGGGUUGCUAAGGGGCCCCUUUAUCUGCCCGGGAAAAUCACCCCCAAAUCAGCCCUUUAGAGUCAAAGUCAGAUGCCAGACUUUCUAUAAGCCCCUGCCAAGCUCAGUGGGAGUUCUGUGGAUAUAAAGAGAGUAACUGAUGCAUGAGAUCUUAUUCUGGAUCUUUUGAAGAAUUACAUGGAACUGGUUUCUUCUGCUCUUUAAUUAGAGCAUACUGUCAGAUUUACCAUCCUAAAAUAGUUGCAGAACAAGGUACCGCUGAAUCUGAGCAGGACCUAAAAUCCGGUUCUACAAAUACUGGAUGCUAGCACUUUCUCAUCAUUCCCCAUCUUUUCCUAUUUUGAUUAGUUGUGGCUGCAGCUGGGGAUUUUGACAUCCUCUUUCAGAAGCUUUGCCGGAGUUCAAAGGGAAAAAUUAUGAGAUACUUUCCAAAGCAGUAUCUUUUCAUGGCAACCCAGGUAUUAUCCUUGACACACGACAAACAGCUGACUAUAGAUUGAACUUACUCUCUCUCUAUAAAGAGACAUUUUUGUAAACUAUGUGCAGAUUUUAAACAGAUGCAUUUUGGUUCUGUCUGACAGGAGUAACAAGUAUGCAAUAAUAUUACACAAGGGGUUUACAACUUGACGUUCAGGUGAGGAACUGCUUGUAUACCCCAUUCGCAAAAGGAACGGUGGUACUUCCUUAGGAAACACUGGUGUCAUACUGCGCAACAGUAUAGUAGCUCUUUAACUCAGCCUCUGUGCCCCUUUUGUGGAAACAUUUCUGCCCGAGUCUUCAAGUCUUCCCCAUUUUCCUGGAAAUGGCACCCGAACCCCAAGAAAAUGUUUUGAGUCUAGUCCCAUAGUCUUCUGUAAACAAAGCCCCCUUUGUUUACAAUAGGAAUAUAGGAAGGACUAUAGCUAGUAAUUAUGGGGUCAGAUCCUUAAUAUGGGUCAGAAUCAUCAGAGAAACCAAGAAUUGAUAUGUCCUGUACCGAUGUCAGCUUUGUGAAAAUUUCCCUAUGAAAGCUGAUAAGCUAAAAGAAAAUUAUACCCACUUCAUUUUAUCUUUUAUCUCAACCCAUUUUAACUGUAAUGGUUUGGAUCUUUUAAAUUCUCAGUGAAUGAUGAGAAUGGCCUAACAAAAGUAUGUAUUCUUUGCCACAAUUCUGCUAGUGUAUAAUUUGUGGUAGGGUCACAUGUGGUCUUCUAAAAAGAUCAGCUAGAAUUUUCUGAAACAGCAGUUCCCAGACUGUGGCCUCUUGAGUUAUCACUGGUGGGCCAUAAAAACCAGCAUGGCCCUGUGUGGCUGUCUACAUUCUGUUUUUAUUUGCCUACCUGCAUUAAAAGAAAAUGAAAACUACAUGAUGUAUUUUUAAUUUUACAUAUUUUCAUUUAGUUUUGUCAUAAAUACGGCAUUGCUUUAUUCAGCCGCCAAUAAAGCAGAAAAUGAUCUGUACCACUGGGAGAGGAGGCUGGUUCACCACACUGUCAUGCUUUGAAACGUGCUUUAUAUUGUAAAAAAACCUGGAAACUCACAAUAGAAAGCAAACAGAUUAAGACCUUCAACGAUGUCAUCCCAUGAAUUUCCACAACUGCAAAAAGAGGCCAAAAUCUUUGAAAUGUGCUGCAUUCAAGUUAAAAUAAUAGAGGCAUAGUAGUUAGAGCACAAUGACUCAUCCAAGUUUCAAAACUAAUUAUGUAGAAAGGGUUUGCCUGGGAGAUGCCACUAGCAUGUCCAACCAGCAAUUAAAAACUAAGAAAGAAAUCAGGCUGGGGACAGCAAAUUUCAGCACAAGAAGACAGCUCAGAAACAAGCAACAGUAAAAGCCAAAUGUAAGAAAAAGGCUUUUAAAGCAUACUGUAUAAUGAAUUUGUGCUUGUCAGUCACGAUGUAGAGGACAUCUCAAGAGGCAAUGUCAAAAAAGGCUGUUGCUAACUUGUAAAAAUACAUUUGAUAUUUGCAGUUAGGCCACACAGGGUCGUCUAUAUAUAUCUCAACGGCAGAUAACAGUAUAAAGGUUGGAUUGCAACCAGCUGCAAUUUUACUGGAAUCUUACUGCUGUUGUAGGAGUUGCCUGUGAGCCCCAGUCACACUGCAGACUUGGUACCUGGCUCUGAUAUUAAAAAUAAUGCUUCAUUUAAAGGUUUUUGUUGGCAAAAUAUUGAGGCACGUGUAUGGGCCUGAGCACUUCGUGGAAUUAUUUGUAAAUCCUGGUUGCAAGUACGGCUGUCUGAGCCACUGUAAGCAGGCUGUAUGAAUUAGGAGUGAAUGGGUACAGGGAGAUAUGAUUAGGUUUUAAGAGUUAUAAUUAAUGUAUGUUUGUUCAUUUGUCUGUUUAAAAUGUAGCUACAAAUUAAAAAGUUACAUUAAGUGUGGAGAAUAUCUAGGGAAACACUACCUGAGUGUCUGUGUUUAUUCAGUAAAGGACAUGUAUGCAGAGAAUUGCUCCAUUUGCCAUGUCCAGUAGCCAGUCUCUGUAAAUAUAGACGGAACAAAACUGAGUUAAAGAGGUUAACAGUGGAACAAGUUAUCUAUAAUUAUAGUGCUUGAAUUUGCUCAUGUAGAAGUGAAUGUCAGCAUUUGUGUGACUUGUAAGGGAGCAGGAUCUCUUUUUGGUAUGAAAGCACACAUGGCUGAACGUCCAUAAGCAUGUCCAGAGCUCAGACAGGAGGUCCAACCUGCAGACUAGGUGCAUAAGGACAUCCUAGAAAAUGAACUUUUUUGUAUAAGUACCUGUCAUAAUAUUUUUAUUGCUUAGGUACCUGCAAUAAGGUCUACUCUGUGGACUCCACAACUCAUCUUUAAAACCAAAAAGGCUUUUCAGGCCUUUUGUGGCAGAAUCUGUGUGGGGACGGGGGAUGAGGUGAGGACGGGAGCACAAGGGUAUGGCCUGAAAAUGUCUAUGUGUCUUUCUGUCUUUGGCCAACACUGACUGUCAGACUGACGCACCUGUGCCAACGUGAACUGACUGUUGAUGGGGCCAGUUCCCAGAGUGUUGGUGGCAAAGACACCCCCCUUGCAAUCAGCACGUGCCUAGAACUGCAGUCCACACACUGGCAUAUAUUCAAUAAGCCUAGCUUCUGAGCACUUCCAAAUAACCCGUAAGCUUCAAGCUCAUCUGCGUGCAAGAUUGAUAUACCUGGUCUGUUGUAAUUAUCUCGUAUUCUGUGGCAACACGCUAUUUCUUCUUCUGCAGUGUAUUCAUUUGAAUGUCACUGCCCAGGAUAUCUGUGCAGUUCUGAGCUGCUUCGUUAGCAGGACUGGAGUCUGCAGUCUGGAAACAAAGGGAAAGGUUUCAUUUGCAUGCUGCACUUGUAGAAAUUUAGCAGUUAAAAGUAGAAACACGUUGUUUUUUGCUAAAAUGGUAGUUUUGCUUAGUUGUCCAAGUGUUGCGCUUAUUAUUUAUUUGCUGAAUCCAGCUACUAUGUUGGGUUUUUGUCAACAGUGCACCUGCAGAAAAUGACAGUAUGAAAGUUUUACUUCAUGUUUAAGUAAAAUCUCUGAGGCAGCGCAUUCAUAAAGUAUUGUUGCACUAAACUCAGAUGAUUACCAUCCACAUGCCUUACAGAAGCAAAUCAUACCUGUAGUAAUCGCCCAGAUUAUACUGUUUUUCAUUGCCUAUGAGAGUAAAAAUGACCGGUAACAAGUUGAGGAGUCAGGCACUCCUGGGUUCUUGUCCCUGCUUUGCCACUACCUGUUCUGUAAUCUAGGGCAAGUUGUUUAAACUGUAUUCAUUUUGAAUGAAUUUAAUUCACAUAAAACACUGGAAUUGUACCAGGGUUGAAUUUGACCCUCUGUGUCUCAGUUUCCACAUCUGUAAGAUGGGGAGAAUAUACCUUACCUACCUCGCAGGGUUGUGCUGAAGACUAGCUAAUGUUUGUAAAGCACUUAAAAAUGCAAAGACCCUCCUAGGUGCUAAGAAGAAAUAUUACUGAACUCCGGCAGAGAGAAUGUUACAUUUUUGCGUAGCUUCUUAUCUCACAGGGAGAGGAACAUGAACGUUUCUAGACCAUGAACUCUCGGGACAAACCCUCAACAUUGCCAUACUCCUAGGAGGUUCACAUCCUGUGUCCUUUGGAGCUGAUGGCAAAAUUUCCACUGGCUUCAGGUGGAGACCAAUCAAGACCUAAGCAGUAGUAAAUGGGCUGACUAAAUGCUUAAGGGUCAGGAGUAAGGAGGAAACAUACAUGAGUUAAAUACUCUUCAUAUAUUCUCACUGGUAACUUGUACCGAGGGGCACUGUAAUGCUGACAUGAGGCCUCGUUGUUCAUUUAGGCGCAGGUUAUAUUCCAGUUACCGUGAACCAGUGGAGCAGGAUUUCCCAUCAGUGUCUGUAAGACUAUGAUUACCUAUUAGUUGACAUUGGGAAUUUCAACCUGCUUCAAUCUACUGUGUAUCAGAGUAAAAAUUAAAAAUACCUUAAACAAACAAAGCUUUUAGAUGUGUAAUCAUUUGGGAACACAAAAUUAUAUUGAUCAGACAAACAACUUUCUCUUUUCCCCUCCCAUUCCCCAAGUUCAACAACAUGGAGCCAAUCCCAUUCUUGAAUGAAAUCUGAACUUGGAUCUUCUUAUCACAGAUGUGUACUCCUCCUUUGCCGUGGAGCCCUGACUAAUCAUCCUGCUAGCCCACUCUGCCCUUCUCCUGGAAGGACUGAUAGAAAGAGCACCACUGAGUAGAGGACAAUGUUUUUAAGAGCUUUUCUAACUGGUAGCAGUAGUGGAGACAAAACCCAAAAGACGACAAAGACAUCAAAGGGCUUGAGCGAUUCAUUAAGGCAAAGCCUUUACCAUUAGAAAUUCGCCUUAUCCAAGUAUAUUCCUAGCUUCUGUUAGACACCUGUAAGUCAGGGCUACAUAACCAACACCCAAGUUACAGCUGAGACUUUACCCUCUUCUCCUCAGAUGAGAUGCAAGAUGCUGAGGGAGUGUCACAUGCACUGAAAGACACAGACUGCCAUUCAAGACCUUUAGUGUCUUGGAGCUGGGUGUGGAAUAAAGUUAAAUUAUUUUCACAACUUGCUUAGACAGAUGCUGCUUCAUUCCACUGAAUUCAGUAAGAAAUUAAUGACCAAGACGAAGGAAGCAGGCUUUUGCUCAAAGGAAACGCCACCAGCAGACUUCCGCUUUCAGGACAAUUGCUUCCUGGGCCAUACUCAGAACAUGGAGGAUUCUGAAGUAGGGCUUCGUUGUUUCAUGUGAACGCCUUAGGAUUUGUGGUUGUAGCUGGGGGUUAAUAGUAUGGAGAAACAGUUUAUAGCAAGUCAAUUCUGUCUGCUAGAGAUUCAAGCACGCUUUAGUAAGAGGUAUCACACUUAAGGGUCUGUGCAUGCAAUGAACAAAACGUGUGAAUUUUGUUUGGUUCUGUUGGGAAGGUUUGAAAAUUUACUCUUUGUACACUUUUGGAUGCUGACUACUGUAUAUGUAAUGACUAUGCAUUUUUAGCAAAAAAAGGUGUGAGCUAUAAAUAAAGUUGAUUCUGAGUACAUUUUUGCAGAAA